GACUUAAGACAAGAUGUUUAGACUUAAGAUUUAUUUUUUAAUUUUAAAUCUUGUACUGUUUUGGAUAUCUAUCUAUCUAUCUACUCUGUAUGUAUGUAUGUAUGUGUAUAUAUAUUAUGCAGAUUGCAUACCCAGGCUUUCUAGGGACAGUCCCAUCGCUUUGCUCAGCACAUUACAGUGUUUCCAUCACUGUGAAGUGUUUUAAGGUAGUCCACUGGAUUUCAAGAGUCUCAUUUGCAGCUGACCCUAAAAAAUGGUAAUAAAACUUAGGAGAGCCAAUAUGCUCUUUCUUUUCCUUUAUCUGCAUGGAUCCUUGUGUUUCUUUCUCUUCCCUCUGACUGUCUUCGUGAUCAUAGUCCCCCCUGUUUCACACAGCACCAUGUCUAAAGCACCCCUCCUGCUGCUCUGGGCUGCCCUGGUACUGAGCAGCCAUGCACACGGAGCUGUGCUGAGAAAGGAAGACACGUGGAAGCCGCUGAGCAACCCCAGAAACAGAGAACUGUUUUUCAGAAGCCUCCAGGCCUAUUUUAAGGGCCGAGGACUCGAUCUUGGGAGCCUUCCAAAUGCCUUCCCCAUGGAUGAGGACCCCAGACCUCUCCCUUUCCAGGAGGAGCGUAUCGCUUCUGCAUUUGCAGACUACGAAGAGCAGAAAAACUCCCUCCCUAGGUCCCACAAGGGCUGAGACCACUUCCUGUGUUUCUGGUGCCACUGUGUUGAAGCUGCAGCAAAGCUUUUCAGUAGAAAAAACUCAACUAUGGCUGAAGUCUUGUGUGUGUGUUUUCCCUUCCAUGUUAGCCAAU